AUGAACGAAGAGAAGGAAAAGUCAUUGCACGAAAUCGCUCUAAAGAAGAAUCAAUUCCAGUCGGAGAUCGAAUCAUUGAGCGAAGAGAAGGAGAAAAUAAUGAACGACGUUCUUUCCUUGAAGGGCGAACUGGACCAAGCUCAACUCUCCCAAGUCGAGCAAUUCGAAGUCAUCAAAUCCCAGCUCUCCGCCGAUCUGAACAAGCUCCAAGCAGAGAAAACGUCCAUCGAAAGCGCAAUCCGGCAGCAAAGCGAAGAGCGUGCGAGGCUGGAAAGCGAAGUGAAGGACCUCAUGAACGACGAGGAAACCCUCAAAACCGUGAUCGCUUCGCUGCAGACAUCCCACGAAGUCCUCGAAGAAUCGUCCAGCGAACUCACCGCAAAGCAAAACCAGCUGGAAGAAUCGAUCGCUGAGUUAACCGAAAACAAGGCAACCCUCGAACAAGCGCUGAACGCCCUCAACGCGGAGCGAGCUUCUAUUGAAGAAUCCAAAUCGGUUCUUCUGAGCGAGCAGCGCGCUGCGCAGAGCGAAUUCGCGUCGCUUCAGCAGUCGAUCACAGAAGAAAAACGCAGUUUAUCGAGUCUGGAAGAGCAGAAAACAGCCAUGGAGCAGGUCGUCAGUUCGAUUCAAGAGCAAAUCCUUCAGAGCCGAGAAACGCUCGAGCAGCUUCAAACGCAGCAGACCGAGCUGCAAGCCGUCGUCCAGCAGAUUCUCAGCGAAGAGUCCGCCAAUCCGCUGCCGCUUCGCUCCGAUUUGGCUCCCAAUUCCGAUCCAAAACCCGAUCAAGAGCUCAACUCGUCCGCGGACUCACCCGAUUCUCUCUCCGUGGAGGCGCUAAUCACGCAGAUCAAGGCGCUGCAUACGAACAAUCUGCUGCUGAACGAAGUGAUCGCGGACAGCAAUCGGACGUCCAACGCCACGACGCUGCUGCUGAAUGAGAAGAAUGAGGAGCUCUACAGACUGAAGAACGCGCUCGCUGAGGCGCAGGCCGCAGAAGCUGCGGGAAGAGAUCGAAGUGAUGCAUGA